AUGGCUUCAACUCCCCUCGCCAACCUCCCUCGUGACUGCUGGCUACAGAUACUAGAGUGUCUGCCAAAAGAUGAUUUGAACAACCUAUCACAAGUUUCCCAUGACGUUCGUGCCUCAGCUGAGCCUUUCCUGUAUCGAUCAAUCCACUGGGACUGGCAGCAUCCCCAGGUCCACGAAAUCCUUCUCCUCCUCCGGACUAUCUCCGAGCGGCCAGAGUUGGCUUACUACAUCUGGCAUAUCAGUUUCGUAUGGUGGAAUGUGGAAUCCCACACAGGAGAAAUUGUCGUCCCCAAAGGAAAGCUCGACUGGGCCAAGAAAAUGCUAGAGUUUAGGCCCACUUUGAGAUGGGCCCGGAAGGUUGUUCGAGACGCGAAAUUCCCGGCAAACCUGGAUGCUAAAUUUGUCCGACGAGUCAAUGAUGGAGACGCCUACAUCUACGCCACACUGCUGGUCUCACAACUUCACAACCUUCACAGCCUUCGACUGGACUUUUCAUUUGUGCUUGAAGGAGGUUUCCCUGGGGAAAUUUUGCAUCAUUCUCUCUUUGGCAACGCACCGCCUGGCGUAUUGACUCGGUUCUCAAAAUUAGAAAUGGUUGACUAUGGAAGCAAUUUGCCUCUCACGGAAUUCCGCGAAAGUGCUUGUCCCGGUAACCCCUAUCAAUUCAUCCCCUGGUUCUACCUUCCUUGUUUGAAAAUCCUCGAGAUAUGGCUCCCUAAUGUGGAAGGAAUUUGUGUCUUUUCCGAGCAGAUGCCGAGAGGACCCUGGAGGUUUUCAGACCUGCGCAGUCUUGUUAUUGCCAAAACAGCUGUCCUGCCCGAGAAUAUCGCCAAGCUGCUGUCUCAGUUGCCAUAUCUAGAAUCCUUGCAUGUGGGCUUGGCCUACAGAUGCCGGACAACAAUCGAAUUUCUCAACCGGCCUGACUGCUUCCUUCGUUCCUUGGAAACUUCGAGUCAAACGAUCAAACAUCUUUCUAUCAGCGUGGAGCUUCUUCCAUGUUGUAUAGCAAACUUCCGUCUGCGCUUGUCGGAUGAAGCUAGUAAGCCUUUUCGUGGCAUGCUAAAGAGGUUUCCCAAACUGAAAACGGCGUCUUUGCCGCUCAACUUUCUUAUUGGCUGGGGUGACACGGCCCACGAGCUUCGAGAUGAACUGCCAUUAACUCUGGAGGCCCUUCACAUAAGGCCUGAUCUCUGGCCAGACUCCGAGCUGAUUGAAUUCGAAAUGGCAACACUUGUGGCGUUGGAAUCAUUCAUGAGACACAAAGAGGAUGGCUCCCAUCCUUAUCUUAGGACUUUCUCCUAUGAAGGACUGCAUGGUUGUGGUAUGCAUGAACUCAACGCGCUGGGCCUUCUAGAGGCCGAGUUUAACUACUCCUACUUGAUUAAGCGGGAAGCAAUACAUCUGUUCUGUCUCAGGAGAGGGUACGAUCUAUUUUCUCGAUAUUCUGACUGCACAACGGGUUUUAUGCUAAAGCAUGCAAUGUGGGAAGACAACGUCGCCUACUGGUUCCCUUGGCCGUUCGCUGGGCUCGAUGAGCUCCCAGCAAGCAUGCCUCGAGAGAUUAGAAUUAGGGUUCGAACUGAUAUGAACUCUAAUGGGAGCUCCUCUGGUGGGAACUGA